CCUUGAGUCAGCUCUGAAUGCGAGCUUGUCUACCAGUUUUAGCAGCGGUUCUAUCUGGAUCCUCCGCGCACAGCCCUCAACAAUUACUGACAAUUACAGCCUUUUUCUUCUUUUGGAAGACAGUUCUCCAUCAUGGGCGAUAAGAAGAGCCCUACCAGGCCAAAAAGACAAGCAAAACCGACUGCUGACGACGGCUAUUGGGACUGUAGCGUCUGCACCUACAGAAACAGUGCCGAGGCAUUUAAAUGCAGCAUCUGCGACGUGAGGAAGGGCACAUCCACAAGGAAACCCAGGAUCAACUCCCAGCUGGUGGCUCAGCAAGUGGCUCAACAGUACCCAGCCCCUCCGCCACCCAAGAAGGAGAAGAGGGAGAGGAGCGAGCGGCCUGACAAGGAGCGUCCGGACAGCGAGCGUGGAGACGGGGAGCGUCCGGAGGAGGAGCAGCUGGAGGGCGAGCAUCCAGAAAUGGAGCGCCCAGAGGAGGAGCGCCCAGAGAGGGUGAGGCCCGAGGGGGUGAGGCCCGAGGGGGUGAGGCCCGAUGGGGUGAGGCCCGAGGGGGUGAGGCCCGAGGGGGUGAGGCCCGAUGGGGUGAGGCCCGAUGGGGUGAGGCCCGAUGGGGUGAGGCCCGAUGGGGUGAGGCCCGAUGGGGUGAGGCCCGAUGGGGUGAGGCCCGAGGGGGUGAGGCCCGAAGGACUCAAGCCUGAUGGAGAAGUUCUGGAGAAGGACAAGAGUGAGAAGGAGAAGCCGCUGAAGGAAAAACCAGACAAGGAGAAGGACAUCACUCCAGCCAUUACCAAGAAACCCAACAGCAAAAAGACCAGACCCAAGACAGACACUCACCCGAGCCCUCCCAGUGACAAACGCAGCAUACAGUCUGGGAAGUCGGCAACCAAGACCAACAAAACCUCUCACAUUUCCAGGCCCAAGCUGAAGAACAUUGACCGGAGCACUGCCCAGCAGCUGGCUAUCACCGUGGGGAACGUGACGGUCAUCAUCACAGACUUUAAAGAGAAGACGCGCUCCUCGUCCACGUCCUCGUCCACCGUGACGUCCAGCGCAGGCUCCGAACAGCAGCACCAGAGCUCCGGCUCCGAGAGCAUGGACAAGGGCUCCUCUCGCGCCUCCACCCCCAAAGGAGAGCUCUCAGUCGGGCAUGACGAGUCCUUCUGAAAACCCGCUUCCCUGGACACUCUCUGAAGGGACUGUGUGUGGAUUCUUUAGGGGGGAGGGAGGGAGGGGGUGGAUGUGUGACCUUCCUACUGCUGCUCCGCCUCCAUCAUCACCACCUCUGGACGCUGACAGAGCUGGCUGUCAGAGAGGAGCUGGCAUGUGAAGCUGGAGGAGAGGCACCCUCUGCUGAGGACCUUGUUCAUGGGUACACACACGGCACAGACAGCAGAGGGGCUGUGGGGAACACUGCUACCGUGGUGGCAUCCUGACACUUGUAUGUAUUGUUUUAUAUUUGUACGUGAAUGUGUGGCUGAAUCAAGUUUUUUUUUCUUUUCUUUUUUUUCGUUUGUUUGUUUUUGUAAAAAGAAUUACCUGCUGUGCACAAUAACCACCAACAUUUUAACAACUUAUUAUCCUUAUUUAUUAUUUGUUGCACCUGUAUACAAUUUGAAAAUGUCCUUUUUGUUCAAGCUUUGCUGUGUAGCUCUACAGAUGACACCCUUGUUUAUACAGUUGUAAUAGUCAGAUAAGACAUGACUAUUGAGACACCCACAUUGGUGCUAGAUACACUGUGAACCGGUUUCAGACAUGGAACUGCCAUUCACUCAAAGUGCUAAUAACCCAGAGCCAGGCUACUUAACCCUUUGACUGUCACUCUCAUUUAUGUUUGGACUGCCUUGUGGUCUUUCAGGUUGAUAUGUAUAGGUCUCUGUGCAGCAGAAAAAGGUUAACUGAAGUUCAACUUUAAAAACAGGUUGUUUGUCUAUGAUUUAGUCUGAUAUAGCAUAUAUCUUAUACAGUGUUUCCUGUCCUUAACUGUAUAUUGUAGGCUAUUGUGUAAAACACUAAAGCUGUUGUUUUUGCAUUCGAUAAUUCAGUAGGCUACCAGUGUUGAAGUUGAGGGUCAGUGUCCACUAUGAGCCAGCUUGUUUUCUAUUAUGACUGAAGGAAAGGCAAUGGGAGGUUUUACCCCCCAAGACUGAACUGUAGUAUAGGCUUGGCUAUUCUCACCUUGACUAAAUAUUACUUUCAAUUACAUCUAGUAAACCAGAAUAUUCUAAUCUGAACAUCUCCAGGGGAUUCAUAACUCAGUUGUUACUUUAUUAGGUCUUUUUAAGACUCCAAUAUGUCACUGAAGGCAGAAACAUUGCAAGUCAUAGACGUAGGCUGAUUUGACGUCUUUUUGGUGCAUUUUGGAAGCCGUAAAAGCUUAACUUGAGCUGAAUAACCAGUUACAUGGUUAGGAACGUUCACCAGCUGAUACUUGCCCAAACUAAUUUCCAUUUACAUGUAUUAAAUUGUACAAAGAAUAAAUGUGUAUAAGAUAUCUUAGUUUUAUUUAUUGAAGGACCAAAGGAAUUUCAUAAUGAAGAUGGAUAGACAAAUGAAUAACAAUUUGAAAUGCAAUUAUCAUGUAUGAAAUGAAAUACAUUUUAAAUAAAGUCUAAUAUAAUCCA